GUAUCAAUCACACCCAGUCAGCCAAGCCUAUUCUACCAGACGGUUGGUCAUGAAAACUAAGCAGUCGCUCUCUGCAUUCUCAAAGAAAAGAUAGAAUUUAAAUGCAAUAAGUAGCAGUUUGACUUCAACAAUUAUCUCUUUAUACUUCGUUUAAAAACUUCCCACUGGAGAAAAAGCUUUGUUUCCAUUGCUUAUUUCCUAAUUUAAAAUAGAAAACCGCCCCAAGCGGCGGUUCACUUUUCCCGUUAUUUCCACGGGAAACUGAAAUGCUUUGCUGCUUCCCACAUAAUCCGCGUCGUCUCUUUUUCUCCGGCUGCAACGCGCUGUUUUGGAGAUCGCGCGCCGGACGCGAGAACCUGGCGAGGAGCCUUCUUUGUGCAACCGCCAGCGAGCUCGGCCCGCACUCGCGCUCUCCAGCAAACCCGGCAGGCGACGCGUCAGGAACUGAGGACCGUCGAGGUGGAAAAGACUGGGCCAUGCCCAAAACCUGGCCUUCCUACCAAGCGAUCCACACGAGAGGGAGAGGCCAACCUGUGGCUCGAUGGCGAGCAGAGGAGCCCCGCCGCGCCCCCACGUGGCCGAGAAGGCGGGAGCGCCGCAGGGACCGAGCGGGGAACCGCACCGCCGCUCGCCCCAGAAACGGCCUCCCUCCUCUCUCGCCCAGAGUAAAGUGGCGGGGGAGAGCUACUUUCGCUGCUUUCUUCGCCCCCGGCUGGCUCUGCCCGGCCACAGCUAAUCGGGUGAAGGCGCGCCGCUUGCAGAGGGGAGCCAGCGGCGCAUUCCUGACCGCCCCCAGGGAGAACUGGCGCUCUCCGGCGGUGAAAGCCUCGUCUGUGUGGCUGCGGCUUUACGGGACACUGCCCAAUUCAUCUGUGCUCACCGGCGCAGCGGCCAGUCGUUCCCAGUCGCCAGCACUCGCCGACCAUGAAACACUGCCCUACCGCGCUUUCUACUGCUCUGUUGAUUUCGCUGCUUUUGCUGGCGGCAGCUUCGUCGCCCGGGACCUCGACGGAGACGCCGAAAGGGAAACAAAAGGCGUUUCGUCAGCGGGAGGUGGUGGAUGUGUAUAAUGGGAUGUGUAUGCAAGGACCUAUUGGUCUUCCUGGAAGGGAUGGAAACCCUGGAAUCAACGGAAUCCCUGGAACUCCAGGUAUCCCUGGCAGAGAUGGGCUUAAAGGAGAAAAAGGAGAAUGUAUGCAAGAAAGUUUUGAGGAAUCUUGGACACCUAACUAUAAGCAAUGUUCGUGGAGUGCCUUGAACUAUGGCAUAGACCUUGGAAAAAUUGCAGAAUGUACAUUCACCAAGAUGCGCACCAACAGUGCUUUAAGAGUUAUUUUCAGUGGAUCACUUCGACUUAAAUGUAGAAAUGCCUGUUGUCAACGCUGGUAUUUUACUUUUAAUGGGGCUGAGUGCUCUGGACCACUUCCUAUUGAAGCUAUAAUUUAUUUAGAUCAAGGAAGCCCAGAAUUAAAUUCUACUAUUAAUAUACAUCGCACAUCUUCAGUGGAAGGAUUAUGUGAAGGAAUCAAUGCUGGAUUGGUGGAUGUUGCCGUUUGGGUUGGGACUUGCUCAGAUUACCCAAGAGGAGAUGCAUCAACGGGAUGGAACUCGGUGUCUCGCAUAAUUAUAGAGGAACUGCCAAAAUAGAGCUUUCAGUCUCUUCUUGCUAUCCCCAAAACAACAUUCAGGACUUUAUGCAAUCUCUUAUUGGUUUGUUUUUGUACGUUGAAAAAAAAAAACAUUGGAUUAUAGUGCACAAACCUAUUUAUAGAAGUAAGGUAAAAAUCUCUCUUGAGCCAUAUUUAAUUUCAAAUGAUUUAACAAGACGUGUCUGUGUAGUUUUUGCCAGUUACACAGAAGUAAUUUCCUUCCAGGAUGUUUUUGGAUUUCUUGGGAAUUCAUGGUCUGUGUUAACCAAGCCUGGACCUGCUUAAUUCCUGAAUCCACAGGAGUCAGCCUGGUGCUGGCCUCUGCAGAGGUCUUACAGAAAUACCAGUAGACAAUUAAUGUUCCAUUUUUUAUUCUAUGUAUCCUUAGCAUUUUUCUACAGAAUUUUGGAAUAUAGAUCCUAAAGGAACAAUCUAUAUUAAUGAUUAAUUUUCUAUCAAUUCUAUAUAUCCUUGCAUUUGUUCAAAAAGAAAAUCAACAUAACCAAUGUUAACUUUAUAUUAAAAAUAAUAAUAAAAAGCAACUUUUUAUUCAAGUGUUUCUUCUCCAUUUCCUCAAAGUAUGGUUUGUUUUAUAAGCUUCUAGUUCCUAUUGAAAAGAAUUUUUUUUUCUUGUGAUGUAUAAAACAAAAAAUUACCUGAAAAAAAUAAUUUGGCAUAAAUUAUUGCAAUUGUAAUACAGUAAUUUAGCAAACCUGUAUUUUUAUUAUCUAGUGUAUAGCUGUCACCUUGACAUAUGCAUAGAAGCUAUGCCAGGCAUGAUGGACGAUAUAUGCAAUUUUUUUGAUUUAAAUAAAAAUGUAAGAGCAAGUCAAUGUAUGAAUGUGAGUCAUUGUAUAAAAGCUUAAAGAUAAAAGUUAGUGAAAUGUAUAAAUGAACAUGAUUUUUAAAUCUAUGUACACCAUAUUCACGUACAAUUCAACCUACUACAAAUAUGAACAAAAGGUUAAUAUAUAAAGUAAUUUUUCUUGCAAAGUUUUGAUUUCCUUAGCUGUUUGCUGGCAGAGCUUAGAGACAUUAGUACCCUUUGUUCCUAUUUGUAUGACUUGGUAUCAGUAAGACAUACAAGAAACCUCCAAAAUUAGAUGAUGUGGAAAUCCACAUGUAAGAUUUUUAUGUUUAUAAUUCUUUUGCAAUUUUGUUGAGUUUUAUUGUUUUAAAAAACUUUUAGCUUAAACAAAUUUUAAAAGUUAAGUGAGCAUAUCCUUUAACUUAGAAAAGGUAUAGUAUUUAUGUAGUAUAUAACUUACGUUUGUUUAUCAUUUUAUUAGAUCGCAAACAAAAACCUUAACCAUUUAUGUCUUAGUAGUUUAAAUGUGAAAUUCAGAUUUUGUUCUUUUUGAAAAUCUUACUAUAACCUGCUCAGGUUUUCCACAAUGUCAAGAGAAUACUGAUCAUACCAAAGAGGAGGGAAAAUAGUGUAAUUGCCAAUUUUGUACUUAUCUUCCAUAUGCAUUUAAAAAGUUUGUAAUGGUUUUAAAUAUUUACACUAUUUACAAUAAGUGAGACUUUCUAAUCCAAGCCAUACUACUAAAUACUAUGACAACAAUCCAGUGCUGACUAAAACAUGCCUAAUCUCCCUAGCUUGCUAUUUGAGUAGUGAAAAUGUUUGUUCUAGUUAUUUUGUUAAAGCAAGUAGAAAAGAUUUUAUAUGUGAACACUUUAGUUUUUUUAAAUAUUAAAAAAUCUGUUUCCAUACUUUUAUUAUUGAUUAUGGUGCUACUUUAAGUAACAUAGACCCACAGAUAGAUUGCAAAUAUUUUGUCAAAUAUAUGAGAAAUUCUAUAAUCCUAGGCAAACUUAAAACUCUAUGUGAGUAAGCACAAAUACAAUUAAUGCCAAUGUGGUUAGAACAUGCAGCAAUUGCUAAUAUUCCUUGCCCUGCCUUGGUUAGAUUGGGGAAGUAUUUUGGUGUAGCAGGCGCAGCAAUAUGUUGGGUGAACAAAUCAUUUUGAGUGGGUAGUGGUUAAAAAAAAGUGCACUUUUGCAAGACAGGCAAAAUAUAACAGCAAUACAAUUGGAGCAAUGGCAAAAAUGGUUAAUGGCUAUAUUUUUACCUACAAGCCAUUAUUAUGCUAUUUAUUCAUUCCAAUGUCAUAUAAUUAUUUAAUUAUAAAUAUUGAUUUAACUACGUCAACGCAGACUUUAAGUUUUAGUCCUAAUUUCAAAGCAAUCAGAAAAACGCUAUAGCCUUGCUUAUCAAGCAAAAUGUUACUGUAUAUUA